GGGGGCCGGCAGCAGCUCCGCAGCCUGCGGGACUUCCUGCUAGUCUACAACCGUAUGACCGAGCUCUGCUUCCGCCAUUGCGUCUGCAACCUCAACUACCGGCUGCUCACGGGCCGCGAGGAGUCGUGCCUGGACAGCUGCGCCGCGAGGCUGGUCCGCGCCAACCACCGCCUGAUGGGCGCCUACGUGGGACUGGUGCCGGCAAUGCUGCAGCGCCGCGCAGCCGAGUACGGGGCACCUGCGGGGCCCUCCGGACUGCCGGCCUCCCCUGACCCGGCCCCGGGCCCCGCCGAGUCCUCGCCAGAUGCUCCCGCUGCCGGCACAUAGCAGCACCUGGCCGCAGCUCCCCGCGGCAGCCGGACACGACUGGCACCACCCCCGGCCUGAGGCAGCAGGAGCAGCUGCAUCCUCCCUGCGCUGGAGCUCCAGGCUGGAGCAGCAUCUGCACUGGGCCCUGGGAGCCCCUAGCAGUGGCUGGGCUUUGCAGGGCACUGGGGAUGGGGGCACAGGAACUGGGGGAAAGCCCCCCGAGCCCUCGUGGUUGUGGACUUCUGGGAAGUGCAUUGUUAGUCCCAAUAAAGCAUCGUUACAGUAAUGGCUUAGUGUGACACAAGGGGAGGGCACCAGAAUCCUGGCCGUGUUCCCUGUUGGGUGUGCCAUGGCUGGGGAGCCCGUAGCACAACUGGGAAUCCAGAGAAUUGCACCUAAAUUGAGACAAACGUCUCCAUGCAGGACUCCCCCCCAUAAGCACCAGGACACUGUGGGGCGCCGAACAUUCUCCCUACAAAGGGCUGGUGCAGAGCAGGCGUUCAGAUGGGGCAGUGUGGAGGUGUGAGGGGGCAAGAGGGAGGUGCCAGGCGCUGCCAGGGCAGUGCCCACCAGCUAAGGGCAGGAGUGUGCAGGGUCCCUGUGACGCCAGG